AUGGAUGGUGGUGAUGAAGAUUAUUACAGUUCUUCGAAUUCAUUAGAUUUUAUUAACCAUGUUCAAAGUGAACAACAACCUCUUUAUCCCGGAUGUGAGAGUUACACUAAGUUAAGAGCGUUAGUUAAACUGUACAACUUGAAAGCAAAGCAUGAUAUGUCUGAUUCAUGCUUCUCUGAAGUUUUAAUUUUGCUUGGUUCUAUGCUUCCAGAAGGUAACACUAUCCCAUCCUCCUUUAAUGAAGCCAAGAAAACCUUAUGUCUGCUAGGAAUGGGGUAUGAAAAGAUUCACGUAUGUCCAAACGAUUGUCUUCUAUACCGUGGCGAGAGAGAUGAGGAUGAAAUUGUUUGCCGCAUAUGUAAGGCCUCAAGGUGGAAAUUAAACAAGAAAGGAGAGGAACUUGAAGGGGUCCCUACUACGGUUUUAUGGUAUUUUCCGUUGAUACCAAGAUUGAGAAACUUAUUCAAUACAGACCACAUUUCAAAGAACAUGACAUGGCAUGAUAUCGAGCGAAAAAAAGAUGGUAAAUUGAGACAUCCAGCAGACUCAAAAACAUGGAAAGAUGUUGACCAAAAGUGGCCUGAAUUCGCAUCAGAGACUAGGAACCUUCGACUGGCUUUAUCAUCUGAUGGAUUCAAUCCUUUCCACGGAAAUCGUACUGAUCACUCAACCUGGCAUGUAUUGUUAUCGAUUUACAAUCUUCCACCCUGGCUUUCUAUGAAGAAAAGAUAUAUAAUGCUUUGCUUGUUGAUAUCUGGCCCGACUGAGUCAGGAAAUGAUAUUGAUGUGUACCUCCAACCGCUUUUAGAAGAUUUACAGGAGUUAUGGCAUGGGAAGCAAGUGUACGAUGCAUAUAAGAAAGAGUUUUUCAUGCUUAGGGGAAUUUUAUUAUGGACAAUAAGUGAUUAUCCAGCUUUAGGCUGUUUGUCUGGAAAUGUCACUAAAGGGUAUAAUGCUUGUACAAUUUGUGUUGAUCAAACAAAUGCUACAAGGCUGGUUAAUUACCGCAAGACAGUGGUUAUGAGGCAUCGGAGGUGGUUACCAAGGCAACAUCCAUAUAGAAGGCAAAAAUCAGCUUUUGAUAACACUGUGGAGAAGGGCGUUGCUCCAAUUCCUUUAACUGGAGAGGAAGUUUUUGAAAGAGUACAACAUCUAAGGAGCCAUGUCUUUGGUAAGAAACAAUGCCAACCUCGAUGGAAGAAGGGUGAACCUCGACCCAUAUGGAAGAAGGUUUAUAUAUUCUUCCAACUUGAGUAUUGGAAGUUUUUUCCAGUUAGGCAUUGCCUCGAUGUAAUGUACAUCGAGAAAAAUAUCUGUGAAGCUUUGGUUGGUACUCUACUAAAUAUUCCAGGAAAGACUAAAGAUAGAGAGUCUGUCCGUCUUGACAUGGCUGAGAUGGGAAUAAGAACGGAGCUGAGGCCAAAAACUCCUGGAAAGAAAGAGAAGGCAAUUUGCAGCAAAGUCAUCGAGAUAGAUCAAUUAGAAAAACUGCAGUCUCAGUUGAUCGAAACCUUAUGCCAGCUAGAGGAGCACUUUCCCCCGUCGUUUUUUGAUGUGAUGAUACAUCUCUCAAUUCAUCUUGUGAGAGAGGUUGAGCUUUGCGGGCAAAUCUUUCUACGCUGGAUGUAUCCUUUCGAGAGGUAUACGAAGACCUUCAAGGGGUAUGUACGGAACCCAGCUCGUCCAGAAGGUUGUAUUGCCGAGGGGUAUUGUGCAGAAGAGGUUGUGCAAUGUUUGGUUGACUUGGAAGAUACUACAGGAUUGCAUCAAGAUACUAAACAUAAUGAAGAUACAAUAUGUAGACCCUUAUCAGGUGCAACAAUGAUAAAGCCCAACGUUGCUUUUACUUGCAGCGAACAUAUGGCGCACUUGAUGAUGAGAUAUCCACAACAUGAGAAUGACGAACACUGGCUAAAAAACAAGCAAAAUGAUGAAUUUCCUAAAUGGUUACAGAAAAAGAUUAAGUCAGAGUUGGUUGAUGACAAGAAUAAGGUAACUAAAGAGAUCAUGUGGAUUGCGGAAGGCCCCAACAAGGAUGUUCCAACAUUCAGCGGCUACAAAAUUAAUGGUGUAACUUAUAGCACGAAAGAGCGUGAUGAUAAACGACAAGUUCAGGGCAGCGAUGUUUGUGUUGUUGCAGAUACAAUGAUUGUGCAGAGUAAGGGUAUGGAUAUUCAACACACUUCACAUACAUAUUAUGGAGUAAUAACUAGUAUAUGGGAGUUAGACUAUAACGAGUUUAGAGUCCCUAUAUUUCAUUGUAACUGGGUAGAUAUGAACAGGGGGGUUAAAGUAGAUGACUUAGGAUAUACAUUGGUGAAUUUACAAAAAUUAGGUUCUGUAAAUGAUCCAUUUGUUUUAGGGAAACAUGUUAAGCAAGUUUGUUAUAUUGAUGACCCUCUUGAGAAAAUAUGGUCUGUUGUGUUGAGAUUACCUGACAAGAACUAUUAUGAUCAAAGUGAUGAUGAAAAUGAAGGAUCCGUAGAAAUUGAACUUGAGAAUGAGCUAGAUGUGCCAAUGUUCCCCACUGUUGACGAACACGAGGAACAAAACUCUAACUACAUGCGGGAGGAAGACGAAUUGAUUCAGCUUGCAUGA